UUUGGUUUGAGAUGAGGAAAUGAUCAAAUGGGUAUCGAUGACAGUGAAAUCCUAGCCGAAUUUCUGUUCAAUGCAAAACAGACAAAUGUGGAACAGACUUCUCUACGAAUCACACGAGUUCAUCUUAACGACUCCGUUUCAUUUCGAGCCAGCAAAGAAAUCUACAUUAAUAAAGGUGAUAACGAUAAUGAUGUUUUAACUUCGAGUUUGGGAGAAAAAUGUCGAAUUCGCACAUCAUCGACUGAAAUGGUAGAUGAUGAAGAUGAAAGCGUCGAAAUAGAACGUGACAAUGACGACGGAGACUCUUCCGACUCGGAGAUUUGGCUCCAAAAUGAAGCAACUGAGAACGCAGGGGCAGUUAGUUUCUCAGAGGAUGAGGCGCCUACAUUGACUGAGGAGCAGAAACUGAUGAUAGAGAUGGGUCUCCCUGUGUCUUUUUCAGCCGCAGAGGAGAGGGAGGCCAACUACAAAGAGAAAUGCCGGGAGAUCUUAAGAGUCGAAGAUAAUUUUACACGGGUUGAAUGUUCCAGUAAUUCGACCAGUGUCGCCUCAGAUCGAUUAAUUGAUUCAUGCAGAUUCCAACAGAGUGUUGCAUACGCACUGCAGACUAUCGCUUCGGCAGAACAAACUCAAGAAAUCGUAACUAAAUUGAAGUCUAAAAAUCAAUCGGACGAGGAAAGAUUUCAAACUUUGCAAUUGACUAUGCAAGAUAGUCUCAACGCUUUAAGAUGUAAUUGGAAUCAUUGCAGUUUUGAAGAGAGCAGAUUCAAAUCUGUACAUGUAAAGUUCGUUAAAAACGCGUCACGUUACAAAUCGAAAAAGAAACGCAUAGCGAGAACAAAAUGGAAUGGCAACGAAUUGAAAACAGUAAAGGAUGCAGGGCUCGAAUCUCAGUACAUAACAGAAACUGAAGUCCCAGAACCUGAAAAUUUCGGAAGUUUUUAUGGUGAAAAUGAUGCUGAUAUGGUAACGAAGUCAUUGAACAAUGGAAAGGUAUCUAUGUCGGACGCUGGAAACAUCAAAGAAUUGGAUGAUACACAAACUAAAUUUGAACUCAUGUCACCAGGAAUUUUCAAACCAGUUAGAAAUGAUUCACCAAACCUAAAUGAAAAUGAAACUGAUUCAAAAAAAAAUCUUUUCGGCACAGAUCUCUUGGAAGCACAAGCUCCGAGUGUUUCACCAGCUCAGGAUAGUUGUACUGGAUAUGUUAAGCUACGUACUAAGGAACUUGACAAAUAUUGGAGCCAGCGGUACAGGAUCUUCUCCAAAUUUGACCAAGGUUGUCAUCUGGACGAAGAGUCAUGGUUUUCUAUCACUCCCGAGAAGAUAGCCCAACAUCACGCUGAAAGGUGUUAUGGGGACAUAGUGCUGGAUGCCUUCUGUGGCUCCGGGGGAAACUCGAUCCAGUUCGGUCUCACUUGCGAACACGUGAUAGGAGUGGACAUUGACCCUAACAAAGUGGCCAUAGCUAAGCACAACGCGUUCAUUUAUGGUGUUGACCAAAGAAUUGACUUCAUCGCUUGUGACUUCCUUGAAUUGGAACCGUUUUUAGUAGACGCAGUUUUCCUCUCUCCCCCCUGGGGUGGCCCCACAUACACUGAAAGUCUUGUGUUCGACUGUGAAAAAAUGAUGAACCCUCCACUCUCCAAAUUGAUUGAGCAUGCGAGAGAGUUUUCUGAAAACAUUGCAGUGUUAGUUCCGAAGAACAUAGACGCACAGCAGAUUCUUAAUAACUAUGUUUUCGAAGGAGAGUACAUUGAAAUUGAACAGAACUUCCUUAGCAAUAAAUUGAAAACAAUAACUCUUUAUUUUAACAAUUUAGUGCGUUUUACGCAAGAUGAGGUUUGAAAACAGCCAACUUUUCGUAUUUGUUGUCGGUUCAUUUCUUUUCGCAAUCUUUGUUAAGUUAUCAUCUUUUUCCCUUU